GAAAAGCGGGUUAAACGACAGCCAUGCUCGGAGUCGGUACAAGUCAAAUCGUGAAUCGGGUAACGGUUAAAAUACUAUUUCACAUGCAAUUAGUCCGUUAUAGAAAUGAAUGUAAAUUGUCAGCAUGCAUUGGCCUUUUAAUUAACGUUAGGUUACGGCAACAAAUUAUUAACCUAUCGCGAUUCGAUAACGGACAUUUCACGCUCUAACGCUUCAGUUGUGGUUGGCCACAUGUUUAUAAAUAGACACAUUUAUCGUAGCCCUAGAUUACUGGAAAGUAUUCAGUAUAAUUUGCAUAUAUAUAAAUAUAAUUUGGUAUUAUUGUAAAAUAAGCAAAUAAAUAUUAUAAUUCCAUACAGAAAUGAGAGGCCUCCCUUGAAUAUAGUUGCAUAGUUGUGUUAGCAAUGUUGUAGGUUUAAUAUGCCUAAUUAUUGCGGCAAAGUUUCUGCUUCUGUUUGCUGUAAAUUUGCGGUAAAUAUUCAGAAUUUGUAUACAUUUAAUUAGUUUUCUUGCAAAUCUAUAGUUACAUCAACUUUCAGUCUUUGAGUAUAUAACUUGCCCAAUGUCCUGGAGGGAAACCAAAAUUUGAAUUCAGGAAAGUAAAAAAAGUGAUUGUACAGUACACUUGCUAGAGGCAAGUAAGAUAAUCCUAUGUUUCUAACAUGAUUUUUUUCUGUGAUUGCAUAGGAAUUUAUUGAAAUAUAAACAAUAAGUUGUUGAAAUAUUUUUAUUUUCUGUGUCUGUAAAUCAAAUUUUCUAGGUGGGUAUGAGGCCUUCACUUUACGAAUGUUUUUAAGACUUUUACACUGAUGAAAAAUACGAGAAACUGCGGCUGGGUUACAAGGGUUUCUGUUAUACUUUAGCAAAUGUUCUUAUUACACAAAGGAAAGAAUUUUGUAUCUGGAAAAUGAUCAUUGUUUAUCAAGUACAGACUUAUUUGAGUGACUAAUGUUCAGAAUGGAAUCCGGACCCAGAAUUUAGAAAUUAACCAAAAAAUAAGAAAAGAAACAGAAGGAGUCAGUGCCACACAUUAAAGGAAGACAAUACCUGAGUGACUGGAAUAGCUGAGGUGCUCAUCACAAGAAGGUGUGGUCCAUCUUAACACAAUUAAGGCAGAGACUGGUCACUACUGGAAAUUUCAUGAAAUAACAACUCAGGACAAUAUAGUGAUUACCAGCUGAAGUCACUGUCUUUAAAUUUUGCCAAGCAAAUUACUGUUUGAUGGAGUUUUCGUUAAUUCCUAAAGUAAUCAAUGGGGGUAUAGCGGGAAUAGUAGGGGUAACCUGUGUGUUCCCCAUCGACCUGACAAAGACACGGCUACAGAAUCAACAGCCAGGACCUAAUGGCCAGCUUCUCUACCGCAGCCUGUGGGACUGCUUUUCAAAAACCUACAGAAAUGAAGGAUUCUUUGGAAUGUACAGGGGGUCUGGCGUAAACCUAGUCCUGAUAACUCCAGAGAAGGCCAUCAAACUUGUGGGCAAUGACUUUCUUCGUCAUCACCUUAAAGAUAACAGAAGUGGUAAGCUGUCACUGCCACGGGAGAUUGUGUGUGGGGCAGGAGCUGGGCUGUUCCAGAUCAUCGUCACUACACCCAUGGAACUUAUCAAGAUACAACUCCAGGAUGCUGGGCGAAGUGCCCGGGUAAAUGUCGCUGCCAAUGGAACAGGGGCUGCCUCCAAGUUAACUGCUAUGAAAAUCAUCUCAACUCUACUGAAGGAAAAAGGCCUAACUGGCCUGUACCAGGGAUGUGCAGCCACAAUGCUGAGAGAUGUUACAUUUUCAGCCUUAUACUUCCCUUACUUUGCUCAUCUAAAUGCCAUGGGCAAACGAAGAGAAAACAGUACAGAAGCUGUGUUUUAUCAUACUCUUCUAUCUGGAAUCAUUGCUGGGGGCACCGCAUCCCUUUUUGUCAACCCAAUGGAUGUUGUUAAAACACGAUUACAGACGAUAGAGAAGGGAGCAGGAGAACAGAGUUAUUCUGGUAUUGUAGAUUGUUUCAAGAAAGUGUACAAAUAUGAAGGCUUUAAGGCAUUCUACAAGGGUGGCUUAUGUCGGAUCCUAGUCAUAGCUCCACUGUUUGGUAUAGCACAAACUGUAUACUACAUUGGGGUCGGAGAGUUCCUUGUCUCUACUGCCACUCAUUCCAGAAAUUAGGUUACAACCACAUGUCUGCCCCACAGCAAUACAGCGGAGAACUCAUAACAGCAUGGUGUUGGGCCUUACAUUUACAUGUACAUAAGUCUCACUAUGAAAUGUCAUCUUUCAGGUGCUUGCAAAUAUGGAAUGAUUAACAUUAGUUUGUAUCAACUAUUUCAGUACAGUGCUAUUUUUAGUGCCAUUUUGUUUAACUUGUAUAACAGAGGUUUUAUGUUUUAAAGUACUACUAUCUAACUUGUAUAAUAAUUAUUUGUUAAGAAAAAAGAUACAUGGUUUAUUUUAUUCAUUUUUUGUUUGGAAAAAGUGUUGAUAAGAUUCAUCACUGCUGCUAACAAAGUGACUUUACUUCUAUAUAUAUGUAACACCAGAAAGAUGAUUUUACAUAAUGUCAUGUAUUUGUAGUUAAUCUAGAGAAAUGGUAAACGACGUACAAUCCAGUUAAUGUGUCAUUCCUGUAUGAAGUUAUUUGUUUCCUAUUUUACAUCCAUGUUUAACUAAUACGCUCUGAUGACCCAUAUUGUAGAGAAGUAAUUAGAGGUUUUGUACAGGCAGCAGUUCUGUUGAGUUACCCAGUUGGGGAUAGUCAGG